AUGAAGGUGCACAAUGAGGCAGCCGUGGAGGGACAGAUUCAGGAGCUGAGGACCAUCACUCGGCUCCAGGAGCAAUGUCGGACUCUCCAGAUUUUGGGAGAGAAAGAGAGGACCGCGCAGAACAAGGCUACAAUUGGCCUCUUGCGCAGCCACAUCCGACGUGGGGCCCAGGAGUGGGCUCAAGCCAAGAAGUACGACCAAUGGACCAUCUCCAAGGCCUGCGCGAAGGAUGCAUCCACGAGGCUGGCACACUGCCGCAGCACUAUGGAGGUGGCACGGGAGAGACUGCGCAAGUACGUCUUCGACCGCGUGAACGCGCACAACGUGCUGAUCCACCUGGCGCGGCGGCGCGGACAGAAGCUGGAGAGCCUGCAGCUGCAGCUGGCCAGCCUGCGCAGCCAGCCCGACGCCACCAAGGAGGAGCUGCGGCAGCAGCAGAUUAUCCGUCAGCUGGAGAACAACAUUGAAAAGACCAUGCUCAAGAUUGACACCAGUAACAAGAUCCACCUGCUGUAUGUGAACCUGCUAGAUUACCUGAAGAAGGUGCUGGCAGAAUAUCCCACAGAGCUAGACAAGCUACAGAACCUGGUAGUCAGCUACUGCUCAGAGUUGUCGGAUAUGACCACCAUGUCCCAAGAGGCAAUGAUGAUUACAGAUGAGGUCAAGAGGAACAUGAGGCAAAAAGAGGCGACCUUCAUUGAGGAACGCAGGGCACGGGAAAACCGGCUUAAUCAACAAAAGAAACUCAUCGACAAAAUCCACACCAAAGAGACUAGUGAGAAGUUUCGCAGGGGCCAGCAGGACUUGGACUUCCCCUCCAAUAUAAUGAGUUUGGAGACCUUGAGGGUAAGGAAAAGAGAGACUUCCAUAGCAGAUAUGGAAUAUCAGACAGAAGUAACUACCUUGGUAGAAAGAGUCAAGUCUGCUGUGCAGUGCUCCCACCUCUGGGACAUAGCUGGCCGCUUCCUGGCCCAGAGGAACACGGAAGAGAACCUGGAGUUGCAGAUGGAGGACUGUGAGGAGCGACGAGCACAGUUGGAAGCCCUGAUGAAGAAACUGGAGCUUGAGGAGGCUCUGCUCAGGUUCCACCAGACACCCAGCUCCAUCAGCUUUAGUUCCAUAGAGCAGAAGAUGAAGAACUUGCUGGAAGAGGAAGAAACAAGGCUCCAGUUGGCCCUUAACAACAUGACCAAGAGUCAGCAGCUGCUGCUAACCAUACAGACAGGCAUCGACAACCUCUACAUCCGGCUCAUUGGCAUCUCCUUGCCAGCCACCCAGAAAGAAGUGGCAGUGUUGGACACCCUUGACGGGUACAGCAAACUCGCUUACUGUGAGGGGAAGCUCACAUACUUGGCUGAACGCAUGCAGAUGCUGUCCAGAUCUGAGGAGGUCGACACAAAGGUGAGGGAUGCUCUGGAGACGUCAACUCUUAAGGAGAAACACAAUACCAGGCUCACCUUUGAGGACCAAGAGGAAGACAUGAUAGAAACCUUUCAGUUUGCGGACGUGGACCACAGCUAUGUCCCUUCGCGGGCCGAGAUAAAGAAACAAGGCCAGCAGCUAAUCGAGGGGAAGCUCAAGGCGCCCAAGAAGAAGAAGAAGUAAUUCCGCAAUAGCUUUAUUACACAAAUAAACAUUUUUCCAGGACUUUCUGGGGCGCGGGGAAAACCGGGACCUGGACUUAGAGGGGAGGCGGGCCUUGAGCGGAGGGG